AUCACCACGACUCUGACAAGGCUACCGUCGCCCUGCAGCAGUGUAUUCUUUAGCCAUGUUUCCUCGCCGCUGACGAGCUGAAUCAAUAUGGGCCGACAAGCCUACCUGGCCAAGCUUGCCUUUGGACGGUCUGCAUUUGAGCCUACUAACGAAGUGACUGAGUCAGAGGAAUACAUACAGCUUGCAGCCUCCCAGUCCGACGAGCCUUUGCCGCAACGCUAUCGCGAAGCAAGUGCCAAUAAUUACAUUCAACUUUACGACGAGCGCGGUAAUCCUAUCAACCCACGCUCUCACGCAUACGGGAAGAAGCUCAGAGAUGCUCAAAACGAUGUCCUUGCCUCGGUAGGCGUAGUCGAGAGGCGCAGGUCUCAUCCGGAAGCACUUCCCGGCGCAUACGAAGAACGACUCAAAGAGCUUGAGGUCGAAGACACGGUUGGCAAUGCGCUUGCGCUGACAUCCACGGUGGUGGAGAACCUGUGCACCUGGUGGAUCGGCACGAUUAGAGAUCGGAUCCUUACAUUCCGCAUUCCCAAUGCAAUCCCACUUGUGCAGAUUGUGGCUUCGGAGCACGCGGCUUCUGGUAACUCAAUUGCCUUUGCUGGCUUUGCUCCUCGACUAGUCUCUACUAUUGGCAUACAGGCUCUCGCAUACAGUGCGUACGUCUACCAGCCAGUCGAACGCUUGGUACAGGUCACACAUGCGAGCUCCAAGACUCGUCGCUUCAUACGACGCUCGAGAAGUGUCCUCACGUUUGGAUUUCGAUUGUGCCUUGAGAUCCUCUUCUGUCCAUUUUCUUACCAUGCUCACUUGCAACGGCUCGGUCUCAUUCCUGCACGCCCAUUGCUACCGUAUUGGAAAUCAUUCAUACCUUUUUCGCCGUGGUCGCCGCUUACGCCCCUUUCCAUUCACCACCAUGCACCUGACUCUGCGCCUAGCAUCUUGAAAGUCAUCGCCACCUCUCCUAUGGUCGUAGUGGUUGCGGAGCACUUCUGCGAGCGCUGGAUGUACGCGGCAAUUUUCGAGGCUGUUGAGUCGUUCAUCAUUCGACCCGACAACGCAGACAUCGAGAGUCUGGACGCUGACAACAAGGACCGCGCUACUUCCAUACUAGGAUUGCAACGGAGAUCUCCGCCCCUGAUCAGAAGCGCCAUCAACAGGCUACUUGUGCUGCUUGGCUGGUGCGAACCGGACGAUCCGAAUGCGGACCGAAAGCCAUCGCUUGACUCUGCAGGCCAGAGUGUAGAGGUCGCGGGCCACGAGCUGAUGAACCUAGUACCAGUUGAGAUGCCAGUGUCUCACAUGGACAGACCUAUCACAGACGGGACUAACGAAAAUAAUGUUACCGUACCCGUCGAGACGGUAGAUGAUUUAUUGCGUCCCGCUACACCACCAACACCCACCGUUUCAGAGCACGACGACAACGACCCGAGGAUUAGGAUUACCUCGCGCGAGGGCAUUGUUGAGAUGGAAGUACGAUUGCCCCCACGGGUCAUCUCUUCUCACACUGAAGUCGUAGACGCGCAGCCCGCAACCUCGAGCCAUAGUCAUGUUGCACCGCGUCGAGUCUCUCGUUACACAACGACUCGAGCUCAUCACCGCGUAACGCAGCUUUCCACUGAGCCGUCAGAGAUGAUCGGCGCCAUCGUCAAAGCACAGCUAGUUGGACUUGCAGUGCUUCCGUUCAAGCUUGUUGUCCUCCGGCUAGUCGCAUCUCACUACCUGGCCGGCCAGCAGCACAGUGGAUAUGCACCACGCUUCGUUGAGACGCUUUCCAGCUUCAGUGAGUUGACGCUCCAAUCCAUUGGCACUGGAAUGUCACGCAUAGUGCUCUGUGCAGCGUGGGAAUUGGUAGUUGACCUCGGUCUCUGGAGCGCAUAUUGCCUGUCUGUCACAACUAUUGGCAAGAAGGUUUUCGGGUGGGGUGCGCUCUAAUAGAACUCGAUGUGGCCAAGACGAGUAAUUCGCCGUCUGAUCUUCGAAUGGCAUUGUAUG